CUUCCAGAGGAAGAAGCACUAGAAUGGUGUGAAGCCUAUUCUUGUUGCAUGGCGAACCAUAGAAUUGGAGAGACUGGUUUGUCAGACUUGGGACCUUCAAACCACCACAACCCAUAUGCAGUUCUUCAUGGGCUCAAUCAUGCUAGUACUAGUUUCAUUAAUCAAGAAGGAUCUGCUUUUGAUUUUGGAGAGCUGGAGGAGGCUAUUGUGCUGCAAGGACUUAGGCUCAAUAAUGAUGCAUCAAAAGCACCUUUAUUUACAGCCAGGCCUGCAGCAACUCUGGAAAUGUUCCCUUCAUGGCCUAUGAGAUUCCAUCAGACCCCAAGAGUAAUUUCUGGUAGUUCAAAAUCAGGAGGGGAGAGAGAGAGUACUGAUUCAGGUUCAGCAGUGAACACUCUUUCAAGUAAAGCUGAUACCCAACUAGAACCAGAAUCUCCCAUCAGUAAAAAGGCAUCUUCAUCUUCAGAUCAUCAGACCUCCUUUGAUCAGAAGCAUCUCAUGCUACCACAACACCAACAACACCAACAACAACAACAUCAACAUCAACAUCAACAGCACCAGCUAGAGAUGGCAAGUGAUAGCCCUACAACAAGACUAUCACAGACUCAAGUCACUCAACUAGCUGCCAAAUCUUCCCCAGAAAAGAGGAAGGGAGCUAGUUCAUCCUCAGAGAAGGUACUUGAUGCAAAGACAUUAAGGCGUUUGGCUCAAAACAGAGAAGCUGCAAGGAAGAGCAGACUCAGAAAAAAGGCCUAUGUACAGCAGUUGGAAUCAAGUAGGAUCAAGCUCAGUCAGCUAGAGCAGGACCUUCAACGAGCUCGAGCUCAGGGGUUGUUCAUGGGAGGAGGUGCCGGUGCCGGUGGAAGUAUUAGCUCUGGUGCUGCAAUAUUUGACAUGGAGUAUGCCAGAUGGUUAGAUGAUGACCACAGGCAUAUGUCGGAGCUCAGGACAGCUUUGCAGGCACAUUUAUCAGAUGGUGAUCUGAGAAUAAUAGUUGAAGGAUACAUUGCUCACUAUGACGAAAUUUUCCGCCUGAAAGUUAUGGCAGCCAAAUCUGAUGUCUUCCACCUCGUCACCGGAAUGUGGCUUACUCCGGCAGAACGCUGCUUCCUCUGGAUGGGCGGUUUCCGGCCCUCUGAACUCAUCAAGAUGUUAAUAGGACAACUGGACCCGUUAACUGAGCAGCAAAUCAUGGGGAUUUACAACCUCCAGCAUUCCUCACAACAGGCCGAGGAGGCCCUUACCCAGGGUUUGGAACAGCUACAACAGUCUAUGAUUGACAUUAUUGCAGGAGGGUCUGUCAGUGAUGGCAUGCAUCAUAUGGUGGUUGCUCUGGGCAAGCUUACUGAUCUUGAAGGCUUUGUUCGCCAGGCUGAUAAUUUAAGACAGCAAACUCUUCAUCAAUUGCACCGAUUAUUGACUGUUCGACAGGCAGCAAGAUGUUUCUUGGUGAUUGGCGAGUACUAUGGCCGCCUACGAGCUCUAAGUUCCCUCUGGGCAUCUCGCCCUCGAGAGAAUUUGAUCAGCGACGAUAACUCUUGCCAAACAAGCACGGAUUUGCAAAUGGUUCAAUCUUCACAGAACCAUCACUUUGCGAACUUUUGAAGAAGAUGAGAAAUGACAGAUAGGUUGUUUGUCUCUUGAUGGUCAGAUUAAUCCCAGUAGCCUCAUUGCCAUAUUGGAUUACUUGGUGCAACUUGAAAGGAGGAGAUAGGAUUCUUUUUCUUUUUAUCUUUUUUGCUUUAGCUUUUUAAUAUCUAAAUAGUAUUAUUAUUAUGUUAUCCUGUAAAUGUAAAUCAAUUUUAUGUGCAUGAGGAAGGUUUCGCUGGAUUAAUUAAAGCAAUAGUUGAGAGAGACAAUGAAAAUUGUGAUAUAUAUAUAUAUAUAUAUAUAUAUAGAUCUAGUAUUGUCUUCUUCUAAUA